AUGGUUUUUGGCGGCGUGGUCCUCCGUUUUUCCAAUUUAGUCAUUCGCGUACUCCAGUUCCUGGACGCCGCAGUCAUCCUCGGCAUAUUUUCAUUCUUCCUGGCUGUACUCAGUCGCCAUGACCAGAACAUCCCUCAGUGGAUCAAAGCCACCGAGGGUCUUUCCGGAGCAGCCGCCCUUUAUGGACUUCUGGGUAUUCUCUUCACUUGCUGCGUGGGAGGUGUUGCCUUCUUCGCCUUUUUGGCCGUUGUUCUCGACGUCUGCUUCGUCGGAGCGAUGAUCGCCAUCGCUGUCAUGACCCGCGAUGGCACUCAGACGUGCUCCGGUCAUGUCAACACUCCCCUAGGUUCGGGAGACAGUGAGGUGGAAUCUGCUUCCAGAGUGAAGCUCGGAUUCGCCUGUAACCUCGAGAAGGCCACAUUUGCGGUUUCUAUUAUCGGAAUCUUUUUCUUCUUGAUCUCCAUCCUCUUCCAAGUCCUAUACGCUCGCCAUCACAAGCGCGAGAAACGGUUCGGCCCUUCCCCGGCAAAUGGUUAUACCUAUGGCACCCAGCGUCGGGGAUUCUGGCGUCGCAGCAAGAACGUCCCUGAUGCUGCUAGCUCGGAUGAUAUUCUCCCGGGUCAUCCGACGCCACAGGAUGUGGAAUUGGGCACCGCCGAAAAACCCGGUCUUUUUGGUCGAAUGUUCUCCCGCAAGAAGAGCGCCCGGGAUGCGCCACAAGCUCCAGUCAGGAACGGCUACGGUUAUGGCAAUUCCACGUAUACUGCUAACUAUUGA